AUGCCUAGGGACAGGGACCCGCUUGUUGUUGGAAGAGUGGUAGGUGAUGUUUUAGACCCGUUUACAAGGUCUGUUUCUCUCAGGGUCACUUACGGUUUGAAGGAGGUUAACAAUGGUUGCGAGCUCAAACCUUCCCAAGUUGUCCAACAACCUAGAGUUGAUAUUGGUGGGGAUGAUCUUAGGACUUUCUACACUCUGGUCAUGGUGGAUCCUGAUGCACCCAGCCCAAGUGACCCCAACCUAAAGGAAUAUUUGCAUUGGUUGGUUACGGAUAUACCAGCAACAACUGCGGCAAGCUUUGGGCAAGAGAUUGUGUGUUAUGAAAGCCCACGGCCAACGGUGGGGAUUCAUCGCUUUGUUUUGGUGUUGUUUCGGCAAUUGGGUAGGCAAACAGUGUAUGCUCCAGGGUGGCGCCAGAACUUUAAUACCAGAGACUUUGCGGAGCUUUACAAUCUUGGAUUACCGGUAGCUGCCGUCUAUUUUAACUGCCAAAGGGAGAGCGGCUCCGGAGGAAGGAGAAGAUAA